AUGUGCGACAUCUCCCAGGCCGUCAUCAAUGACAUUGCUGCGAAACCGUCAAGUCGAGCGGCUUUGAUCCUAAAACAACUUGGCGAUUACAAACGGGCACCAAGAGGGCUUACACAGUCGUGGCAGAGUACAAACCAGGAUCCCUCAGGCAGAAUCUUUCUCGCGGAAGGUGGCUUCCCGACUUGGUUUGCAUACUCCCUGACUAAAAAUGCUGCAGAACACCAUAGUCACUUCGCUGGAAAAGCUGAAUGUCGCCGUUUGAUCUCCCAGCUGGCAAGUGAAUCCGAGGAUAGUCUGAAACGGCUGGCCAACGAGGUCGCCAGUCAUAUUCCAGCUUCUACGAUAGGGAGGUUGCAGCGUCUGUACGACAAAACAAUCAGACCCACGGAAAACAACGACCAGCAACAUCCUUCCAAUAAAAGACGACGUACAACAGACGAGGACUCGACAAGCGAAGUGCAACAUUCAACCAUCACACCUGGUAGCUCAAGGAGCCACUCUCCUGUCGAAGAGGCCUCACUAUCCCUCACACAAAAGUUAUUUGAGAUUCCCGACCGGUUUGCUGAACAUAAACAAGUGCUGGUAAAUGCGUCACUCACAGCGACCAUACGCCUUUUCCCACCAUACCUUGCCAGUGCGGUCAAAAGGAUCAUUAAACCAGGAAGUGAAGAUGCACUGGUUGCCGCUAUUUCCAUGUCAUUCCCAAAUGCCUCGUUCAUGGAUAAGUUUUGGUGUCAAAUGUCAUUGGAAAUUAUGGACAACAAGAUUGAAAGAGUUGCCUGGGAACUAUUUGGUGCACACCUAGAAACGACUGCUGGUCUUCGAUACGUUUGUCUACCCGGAGGCGCUAAAGUACUUCCCAAUCCCCAUUUUACGCUGCGGGGCUGUCAACGCGAUAUUAUUUCUUCAUUUUUUGGACGUGAGAUGUCUCGGGGCAUCGAAGAAAGCCCGACGUAUCAGGAUGAGAUCAAGAGAGCCUGUGCUUGUACAGAUUGUGUGUCUAUGGUUAUAUCACAGCGUUCUCAAGAUGGAGCUAUCUUGUUCCUGUCUCUGGGACUGAGAGAGGGAGCUUUGCUGAGUGAAAAAUUGUACGACUAA